UAACGUUUUGUUGAAAUGUAUCGAUCAGAAGUAAACGUUCUACGCUGCAUUCGUCCUGAAAGAUGUUAUGUUUCAUAGGGAAAUAAUAGUUCCGCUUGACUCCGGUUUCAAGUCGGACAAUGCCCGUGACAAGGAAGUAAACAGAUGAGUACUCCUAAAGUUAUUAUUUUAGAAUGGUAUUAGACAUCAAUGAUGUGAUUACCAUUUUCAGUAAACUAACAUUACGUAAGGACGACUAGUUAGCUGCUUCUAGCCGUUAAAUAUUGUCCUGGGCGGGUUAGUUUGACGGUAUAAAUGUUUGUUCAUCGUAGCUAGGUAUAGUUCUUUCAUGAUAAUGGACCCGUUGCACAAAGAAAUUCUUAGGAAACACCGACUGAACCUGUCUAAUCAAAUUUUAAUUGAUGACACCAUCGUUCAAUUCCUGUACCAGGAGAACAUUUUAACAGACAGCCAGGUGGAAGAGAUUCAGGCUCAACAGAGCAACAAGAAGAAAACAUUCAGACUGCUGGAUAUCCUUCCCACCCGAGGUCCUCGGGCUUUUGAUACAUUUUUGAAGUCCCUGGAGGAAGAGUUCACGUGGGUGAAAGACAAGCUACUACAGGAUUUGGAACAACAAAAUGUACUCGCGCAAAGUCCAACAAACGAUAAGUUGAACAUCCCAGAGGCGACGCUCCAAGCAGUCCCGUCCGACAGGCACUUUUCCCAACUGGCAUCCCAACUCGGCGCGGAGUGGGAAUCGCUGCUCCUCGACCUGGGCCUGUCUGCUGGGGAGUUGUACCGUUGCCGUGCCGACCACCCUCUGAACAUGCACGGGCAGGUGCUAGCAGGGCUGGUCCGAUGGCGUCAGACGCAGGGGAGAAGAGCUACUGUCCACAGGCUUAUCCAGAGUUUACAGGCCAGCGACAUUCACCCCUCUACCCUGAAUGAGGUGUUCCAGUGAAGGGAGGGGAGAACCUCCACCUUCACUGCCAACCACCUCCAGAGGUGGUAGCUCCUUGACCCAGCUAAAUGCUUCUCCACGGCCGUGGACGUCAGGAUAUGAACACACAUCUGAGGACUCACCAGUCGCAAAAGCAAACACAUCAUCCGAUCGAUCGCAAUUUUAUACUCUUAUUUCAUUUUAUCGGCGAAAGGGCUGUGACUACCAUCUGACUGAAGCCUUGACUUGUGUUUGACCUGCUCAUGUUAAUGAUUGACUAUGUUCUUGUUCGUGUGUGUAGUAAUGGCUGUCUGCUGGAUUGUCUGUCUAUAGCAGGGAUGGACAUCUGCCUGCCUCGGGUUUGUUGCUCACUGAUUAAUUUCCCCUCCACAAAUGUCCCCAUUUAACUUAAAUUUGACAGUUAGAAGAGUAGAAUAUUUUGUAUCUUGCCCCCAUUAAACCAGCCCAUCCCUAGUCUAUGAUUAGACUGUGUGCGUGUUUGUGUCAGUCAGGGUUUCCAAGAACCUUAGAGAGAAACAUGUUCUUAUAUAAUCUACUUACCUAGUCAACCAUAAAUCAUCAAGAGCCCAUUGUUCCUGGAAGAAAUGAGCACAUGGUUAUGGCCAGCAACAAUAGUUAAGCUGUGUUCGCUGCACUUGUUAUGCCAUGGAAAUGCCUUAACAUAUCAAGGUCGGGUCUGUAAGCCCAACAAGCACUUCUGGAUCCAUCCACAUAUUGAAGAUGGCAAAGCUGACAUUAUAGGAGUUUCUAUGUUCACAGGGACUGGCACGUUUAGUUUAUGAUUUGACAAAUUAGACAAUAUUCAGUAUACAGUAUAUCUACAUUUUUAAGUUGGAACUGAAAUGUGAUUUCCUUUUUCUAAACAGCUAUACAAUACGUUUUUAAAUGACUUAGUAAAGAGUGUAAGAACUUAGUAGGAACUUGCUUCUCUGAUAUUGUGCACCUGUGAGUUCUGUCUGCACUUGGGCCAGCGUUGGUUGAAUCUAUUAGUGGUCAGAGGAAAUUGAUUGUACAAAUAAGCACAAAAUGAAUAUCUCAGUUGCACUCUUCAGACCCACAUUUGAUUGAAGUUACUACGUUCCUGAAAAGCUUUGAACUCUUUUUUUUUUUUUUUUUUUUCCUAUCCCUAGAAACUCCAAAAAAAAAAUGAAAGAGUGCAGCCUUGCACGGGGGUUUGGGGGCGUGGAGACUCAUGUACGCACAGGCACAACACUGCUGGGCUUUUUCCACGUCUGUUUUUGUAGAUUGAACGAGCUGGUCUAUCGACACAGAGAGCCAGGGAAACCAGGCCAGCACAGGUAGGGGUGCUGUGAUUACCGCCAGCCAGCAGUCCAAUCUAUCAACCUCUAUUUACUCUGCUCUUUUUUUUUCAAGGACUGCUCAUUACUGAGCAAGGCAAAAUGACCAGAGGGGUAAAAGGAGUCACUUUUACUGCAUAUCUGUUUAUUAGGCACCAACGACUUCCCCAGUCGUGUGCAACUUUAAGUAACUACAUCCAACCCCAUCUCUUUCACUCUCCCUCUGUUUUUCACAGUAUCCCCUGCUGGUCUGGUGGAUGGACUGGUAGCUGUGGUGGUGAGAUUAGAGACUCAUCUUAACCACCUGACAUGAAAUAAAAGUCAAGGCCUUUUAUUAAAUGAUUUAGCCAACUCCUGCCUCCCCUGACCUUUAUCACCCUUUGUGCUCUUUUUGAAACAGUUCAAAGGUAAUCAAUGACCCACGAUGAGGGAAAAGACUGUGGACGAAUGCUGUUUUAUGAAAUGAGGCCUCUUCUCCACUUAAUCAACCAAAUGAAUAAUCCACCAAAAGUUUUAAAGAAUGUGAAACUUCUCUAGGGAAGGACACUGGGUGCUCAUGAUUAAAGUAUUUCAGGCACGGAAGGACAAUUCUACUAACCCACUAACGAAAUGGCAUUUCCUCAGUCAAGUUUAUUAAAGCAGAGAGGAUAAUAGGGAGUUAGAAUACACCAUGUACCUUGAAGCAAAGCGAGACGGCAAAAUCUCUCCAAAAUCUGUCCAGAAUAAGCCCAACGUGUUUCUAUGGGCUUAAACAGGCCUAAGCUUGUUGCCUGCUGGGACAAGGCUAACCAUUGUUUGGAGCGGAGACAUUACCAUCUCACCCUUCUGGCUAAUAUCUCUCACAUGAUUUCAACUGGGUCAUUGGGGGGGAUAAGCCAGUGAAUUAUACCCAUGAAGAAGAAAAUAGACUACUGCUACUUUAAACUAGAAACUGAGUCAAUGGAAUUGCCAAGUCUCAGAGAGGCCAUUUUGAGACCGAUAUAGAGAUGUGACAUCUACCUAUAUCUAUGGGGCAUUCCAGGCCAGGAAUCAGGGAGCAACAGUUUGUACAACAUUCCCGGAUGCACUUCGGAAUGCAGCACUCUCUGACAUCAUCACCCAGCCAAACAUACUCUUGAAUUAUGGAACAUUCCAUUUGGCUCUCCUACGUCUUUCAGUGCACAGACAAUAUGAAGAUGGAUGUUGGGCUACUGGUCUCUUUGGGGGUGUUGGUAGAUUUCUCUGUCGAACAAAAGAGUACAUUUUUACUGCUAUUGUCCCUAAACAGCACAGGCAGGUUACUACAACAUUGUCUUUAGUGUCUUUGAAAAGUGUUGUUACCCCUAUGUUAAACCUGUUAUGGAAAUAAAGUUUUGACAUAAAAGUUA